CGUCAGAUUUGCAAACGGAAGAGGACAGGCCUCUCUGGAUUGGAUGGCGAGACCUCGACUUCCCUAAAAUUGCGUCAUUUCGAACCCAAUUGGGUCCAGAUGUUAUGGACACCGACGGGUUACCGUCUCGGAAACUCUCCAUCACGCAAGCAAAAGGCGAGGGGGCGGCUAAUUAAAUAUUGAGCAGAAAGUCGCGUGGGGAGAGUGUCACGUGGCUCUCCAGGCUCGUCACGCCCGAGAUAAAUACCGCGAAGCAGGAGCAGGGACUAGAGCGCACUCGGACUCGCUCCGCUCCUGCACCUUGGCCGAGGAGAGAGAAGAGCGCCCAGCCAGUGCGCACCCGCCGCCGAGCAUCCCCGCGGGUCUGACCGCACAAGCCAACAUGAAAAUCCUCGUGGCCGUGGCGGUCAUCUUUCUCAUUUCCACUCAACUGUUUGCAGAGGAAAUCGGUGCCAACGACGAUCUCAAUUAUUGGUCCGACUGGUCCGACAGUGACCAGAUCAAGGAGGCGCUGCCGGAGCCCUUUGAACAUCUGCUGCAGAGAAUCGCCCGGAGACCCAAGCCUCAGCAGUUCUUUGGAUUAAUGGGCAAACGGGAUGCUGAUUCCUCAAUUGAAAAACAAGUGGCCCUGUUAAAGGCUCUUUAUGGACAUGGCCAGAUUUCUCACAAAAGGCAUAAAACAGAUUCCUUUGUUGGACUAAUGGGCAAAAGAGCUUUAAAUUCUGUGGCUUAUGAAAGAAGCGCAAUUCAGAACUACGAGAGAAGACGUAAAUAAAACUCUGUAACACACUAUUUAUUCAUCUUCAUCUGUGUCAAUGAGCAGUGAAAGGUAAAAUAAAACAUGUACUAUGAGGAAUGAUUAUUUAUUUAAUAACAAAUGUUAUAAGUGAAAAAAAACUCAAAAAAGUGUUUAUUUUUUCAUAUUGUGCCAAUAAGCAUUGUAAUUCUAAUGUGACCUUCUCGGAAGUAGAAAUUAGUUGUAACUUCAGCAAAGCAGUGUUGAUGGAAUUGUACCAACUUGCCAGUGAUGUGGUCUCCAGAGAAGGAAACGCUGCUCUGAGCCAGUUCAGACAGCUACUGCUGGAAGCAAAAAAAAAGUCCUGUAUGUUCUUGCACUUCCUUUGGUUGCUUUUAUGCUGACAAUGUACUGAGACUUUGGUAUCUGACUCUAUUUGUACCCUAGCAGCAUGUUUCAUGUUUUGUGACUAUAUAGAGGUGUUUUUAGAAGUUUCAAUGUGAUUCUCUGGUCUUCAUUCACUGUACGAUGUGUUAUAAUAGCUACCAUUUUAAAUAAAAGAAUGUAUCUUCAGGAA